AUGGACUCUGAAAAGAAGUUCGAUCAUGAGAUGGUCGAAGAUGUCAAAUCUACAUCUUCGGUGCCAGAAAUAGACCGAGCCGCGGAGAAGCGAUUACUUUGGAAGCUUGACAUCCAUGUUGUUCCCAUACUGAUGUUUCUUUUUCUUCUUGCUUUCCUCGACAGAAUCAACAUCGGCAAUGCACGACUACAGGGCCUUGAGAAGGACCUUGGCAUGGCAGGCCACGACUACAACAUAGCACUAUUCAUCUUCUUCAUUCCGUAUAUUCUGUUUGAAGUUCCGAGCAACCUUGUCUUGAAAAAGGUGCCACCCUCGUGGUGGUUGAGUGGGAUCAUGUUCCUUUGGGGAAUCGUCACUAUCUGCCAGGGGGUAACAAAGAGUUUCAGCGGACUGGUCGCAUGUCGAUUCUUACUGGGCUUGUUUGAGGCUGGAUUCAUGCCAGGCUGUAUCUACUUGAUCGCAAUGUACUACAAGCGACAUGAACUUCAAUGGCGACUGAACGUUUUCUUCAGCGCAAGCAUUUUGGCCGGUGCUGUCAGUGGGUUACUUGCCUAUGGCAUCGCCCAAAUGGAUGGUGUGGCAGGAUACAGUGGUUGGCGUUGGAUCUUCAUCAUCGAGGGUCUAGCCACGGUGGUUUCUGCCAUUAUUGCGAAGUUUCUGAUUGUCGACUGGCCCGAAGAGUCUUCAUUCCUGAAUGACCAAGAGCGCGCCUUGUUGAUGCAGAGAUUAUCGGAAGAUCGGGGUGAAGCACAGAUGAACCGCUUUGACAAGCCAGCGAUCAAGCGAACAUUCACAGACAUCAAGCUAUACUUGGGUCCGAUCAUGUACUUCGGUAUCGUCAACACCGGGUAUGCAACCUCAUUUUUCACCCCAACCAUCCUCAAACAACUUGGUUGGACCUCCGUUCGAGCUCAAGUGAUGAGCAUCCCGAUCUAUCUCGUGGCAACAGUAAUUGCACUAGCGACAGCAUUUGCCAGUGAUCGACUCCGCCACCGCUUCGCGUUCACAAUAGCAGGCUGCAUAAUCGCCACGAUCGGAUAUAUCCUUCUGCUCUGUCAAAAUUCAGUGCCUGUGGGCGCACGAUAUUUCGCCCUUUACGCAAUCACGGGCGGCGGAUACAUGACGCAGCCGAUCUUGAUGGGGUGGCUGAGCAAUAAUAUGGCUGGGCACUAUAAGCAGUCUAUUGCAUCGGCCAUGCAGAUCGGAUUUGGUAAUUGUGGCGGUCUGGUUGCCAGCAAUGUUUUCUUCGAUUCAGAGGCCCCGACAUAUGUCACUGGUUUUGGCGUUAGCCUCGGCAUGGUCUGGAUCUGUGGGGUCGCGUGUGCUGUUUUCUUUGCUUAUUUGUAUCGUGAGAAUCGAAUUCGCGAACAGGGCAAGAGGGAUCAUCGGUAUGAGUGGCCUCGGGAGGAGUUGGAAAAUCUUGGCGACGAUCAUCCUAGUUUCAGAUUCACGUAUUAG